GUAGCGCGAACCGGCUGACCGCAACGUUCAGUUGCUUAACAGCGAUCGAGCGCGUCGGAAUGUGCGGCUAAUUACUGCUUCCCUUGUACGCGAACAUUUUGCGCAAUACACUUAUCAUUCCUGCCAUUACAAUCUUGUCGACGCCCAAGGUCCGAGAAAAGAAAGUUUUCUGUUUCAAAGAAAGUGACGCACAAAGUGGCCGGGGUUCACAGUAUGCAAAGUGCAGCUUCGAACACAAAAUAAAACGUGACCGAACAAAGGGGAAAAGUGCGCGCGAUUUUUUUCUUUUUGUAGUAAAGUGUUUCAUAUUUUUUCCUACAUUGUUUUGUGCUAUUUUUCUAUUCCCUUGGUCGAUGUGUCAUAUCGCUUGCUGAGUGUGGCAAAGGGAUUAAAUUGACAACAAAAAAAUAGUAAGCCCCGUCAUGACGGCGGAAACGUUGAAACCGUUUCUCAAUCUACCGAACGCCACGGCCGGUGAGCUGAAAGCGCACUGUGCGCAAAAGUCCACCGUUAAGCGAGGAUUAGUUGCACUGGGAUGCAUUCUGGCGGCGGCACUUUGCUGUGCACUCAUCGGUGUGCAGAUCUGGCAUUUGAAUAAGACGGCCGUACUGCAACAGGAAGUCGAUGACCUGAAGCUGCAACUGUACCUACGUGCCCGCGAAUUCUCCGAAUACGAGUUCGACAAUGAGCUGUUCGACAGUGCGGAUGAGUAUGCGUACGAACCGGAGGAAGACCUCGAUCCGGAUGUGUCCGACGAUGGCCAUCACGGGCAGGAAGCGAACGAAAGUGGUCUAACGAGCAGUGGUAUGCAAGACGAAGAUAUGGAGGAUAGCGAAGAGAAGGAAAACCUUGGCAUCGAGGAUCUAAGGGAAACGAACGAAGACGACGACAUUGUCAUUGACGAUAGUGUGGACAUCGGUGUGCCCGGUAGCAACCGUCGGGCACGAUCCAUUUCCGGCGUUACACGGCAGGGUGUGCCGAUUGUCGAUGAACCGUACGUACCGAGGCGGAACCGUACCCGGCAUCCGCACCGGAUCUUUGAGCAACUGCGUCAACGGCCGGAAGAGCUAGUCACACCACCACCAUCGGACGACAUGUUCCGCUGGGAUGUGGAAAAUCGCAAAACUCACACCGGCUCCCGCCACCAGCCGUCGUACGGUUCUAUCAGUAUCAGACCGUACCAGCAUGAGGUGCCUCACCAUUUCGAUCGUCCCAACACCACACCGAUGCCCGUGGCGUAUGGUUCACGUGCAGACGUAAGACAUCACUCACGCAACGAGUUGCAUGCCGGAACUCCUACCAAACCGCCGGCACAAAUACUGAACCGAAUGAGCCGCGUCCAGGCAACUGGCGAUAGCAUGCGAAAACAGCUCCAGCAAACGCAACGAUUCCCCAAGGUGGUGGGCAAUCCUGGAACGCAGAAGGAAAUCGUAAUGGCACCGGAAUCACGCGUUCGUUUGCGUCAGCGCAAAACUGCUGCCGCCCAGACAGGGGAACCGUUGGCCAAAGGGGUGCAUCUGGUAAAGCAAAGCGGCAAUGGUGCUUUCCACCGGAACUCUCGCCACCGGGAUUGGGUCGCGAAGGAUGAGGCAAGCAAGCAGGCCAUACAACAAUCGCUAACGUUCGCAUUCGAUGGUGAGCAGCUUACCAUUAAGGAGCGCGGCCUGUACUACGUUUAUGCGCAGGUGACUUACAACAACGAACACGACACGAACGGUUUCAAGGUGUUGGUGGGUGGCCAAAAGCAUCUUUCCUGCACCGUACAAUCCCAGGGCGAAAAUACCAACACCUGUUACACGGGGGGACUGACCGAAAUUUACAACUAUGACACAACCAUCGCCAUCGAGGACGUUGAUCACGGCCGGCAGCACGUCAUGUAUCCGGAGAAAACGUUCUUUGGCGUGUAUAAAAUUGGCCAGCUACUUCUUCCUGGUGGCAACUCGCACCGUAGGGCCCGGAAGCUGGCUUAAACCUGUAAUGGCCGCAACGGAAGGUUUGAAUUAAAACUGUACUGUCGGCAUGAGUACCUGUGAGAUGGCGCAAAGUUGUAGCGCAAAAAGAAGCGAUGGAGAAGCAGAUGGUCAAUUAUUAUACUUUAUUGUAUCCGCUGUUGGCCGUAAAUGGUCAGCGAAAAACAACAAACAAAAAAAACCCAAUACGCACAACGUAGCAUGUUCCAUAAAUGUA